AUGUUUCAGACUUUGAGAAACUCACUGAGCUGCUGCAGAUCGAAGCGUCAGAACCACCCGAGCCGUCUGGUAAACAAAAAUGGACACUGUAACGUUGAAUAUAGAAAGAUGAAGUUGAGCAACUAUUUCACCUAUGUGCUCGAUAUUUGGAGUACCUCUGUGGAGAUUCGUUGGUACUCUUUUAUCUUCCUCUACGUGGCAUCCUUCAUUUUUAGCUGGUUCAUCUUCACUCUCCUGUGGUACUGGGUUGCCUACAGUAACGGGGACUUAUGGUGGCAGAACUCACCAGCUAACCACACUGCGUGUGUCCUUAAUGUUUACGACUUGACCACUGCGUAUCUCUUCUCAGUGGAGACCGAGCUGACCAUUGGCUACGGCUUUAGAGUCAUCACUCCAGUUUGCACCAGUGCUAUCACUGUCUUCAUUGCUCAGAUUCUGGUUGGCAUUAUGAUUUGCUGCUUCUGGUGUGGGGUGCUUAUGGCCAAGAUUGCUCUGCCCAUGAAAGUAGCCAAAGCUGUGACUUUUAGUAAGAUGGCCGUGAUCAGCGUCAAACAAGACGCUCUGUGUUUACAAAUACGAGUGGCCAACAUUCGUAAAAGCUUGUUGCUUGGCGGUCAAGUCUACGGCAAGCUAAUAAGGUCAGGAAUCUCAUCUGAGGGCAGGACCACCAUCAUGAAGCAGAUCAAUAUUGACUUCUUAGUGGACGGUGGGAACGACAACUUGUUCUUUGUCUGUCCCUUGACGUUAUAUCAUGUCAUUGACGAGUCAAGUCCAUUCUUUAGGAUACCUGUGGACACACUGAACCAGCAGGACCUUGAGCUGGUGGUGUUCCUUGAUGGCACGGCUGAAUCCACCAGUUCAUCUUGCCAAGUCAGGACUUCAUACAUCCCUCAGGAGAUCAUGUGGGGUCACAAAUUUCUUCCCAUCAUCUCCCGGAGCAAACAGGGCAAAUAUCAUGUGGACUUUUCUAAUUUUGAGAAAGUAGAGCCUGUACAGACUACUUACUGCUACCCUGAUAAUCAUCUUUCUGUCGUUGGCAUUGAUAACAAGGGCUUUGAGGUGAUUGAAAUGAGUGAUUAUUGA